CGGAAGUCUACGUUUUUUUGAACUAGACCUAUUCACAAUGAGUGUGUGUUCGAGAGUUGUUGUUGUGACUGGUGCCAACAAGGGUGUUGGACAUGCUUUAGUACAGGCUGUAUUGGACCGCGAUUCCUCUGCAUUUGUGUUCCUAGGGUCCAGAGAUGUAAAACGUGGCGAGAGCGCAAAGGCAGCCAUUGAGAAGCACGCAGAUAGAGUGCAUGUGCUGCAACUGGACAUAUCAGAUGCGAUGUCUAUUGUAAAGGCGGUUGAUGAGGUUAAACGUACAUGCGAGACAAAUACGCGCAUUUGUGCGGCAAACGCAGAGAAGCCCAUGUACGCCCUCGUGAACAACUGUGGGGUGUUUCUUGACGAUGACUACGAACAGACUCUUAACGUGAACGUACUAGACACCCACAAUGUGACAGAAGCGUUUCUUCCGUUGGUUGGCAGUCGCGUAGUUUUCGUCAGCUCUGCAUCGGGUCCCAUGUACGUGAACAAUCUCAGCAAGAAAGGGCAGGCCAUAUUCACAUCGAAGGACAAAUCAUGGGAGGACAUCGAGGAAAUCAUCGCGAUUGUGAAGAAGAACAAGGGUGUACUUGAAAGUGGCUCAAAUGCCAUUCCCGAUCAUCUGGAGGGCAUCACAGCGAGUAGCAGUCAGUGGUACGGACUCUCCAAGGCGUGUGUUAAUCUGUACAAUAUGCAUCUCGCACGCACACACCCUUCACUUAAAGUCCAUGCAUACACGCCGGGAUGGGUUGCCACGGAUAUGACUCUGACCAAGUUUGGUAAGCGCGAUGGCAUGAUUACACCACAGAAAGCAGCCAUCACUGGAUUGAAGAUGCUCUAUGAAGAGUUGCCUGGCAACGGACGCUUUUACGGAUCUGACGGAGUGCGCAGCCCACUCGACGCCUAUAGAAAUCCAGGAGAUGACCCAUACGUUUCUGACUCUGAAUAGUGUGAAAGUAUUGUGGCAAUUUCAAACUAGGGGAGUGGAGUUCGACACAAAUGUAUGGGUGUCAUCUAUGAUGUUUAUGUGGACGAUAUUUUCUCGAUACAUACACGAGGUCAUUGCUGGUUUCCGUGCAAUACGUGUGUGAUUAGCGCAAAUAAUGGACCCACCUUGUACUCUGGGUUGUUCGACUGUCUAGCAACGCUGAAUAUACCAAAUAUAUGAAGACGUAUAUGUAUGAUUAGUGGAUCAAUUAUUGUUACCAUGUAAGUAAAUGCAUUCAAUUCGUUCUCAUCUAGAAGAAAACAUUUGGAAUUAUGUGUCCAUAUGCGAAC